ACGACUGGAAAUCUCAACGUCCAUACGUCAUGCCAACGAGCCCACGUGAUCACGCGCCUAUUAAAAUGGUGUGAAUGGGCACAGCUAGACGUUUAUGUUUGAGAAUGGAAUAAUUUCUCUAUCUUGGAACUGUCAGGCCAGUUUCUUCUUUCAACUGCGUCGAGAAUUAAAGGAAUUUUUCGUCAGUGUUUUGCAAUUUGUCUCUUUCAUUUUGUUUUUUUCUUAACCGUUCGUUAGAGACAGAUGUAAACAAAACCGUAGAAGGCCUUUAACAUUCGUGGCAUAGCUAAUAAAAGGAUUGUUAGACAGUGGAGUAAAAGGCAUUUGAGGACAUUGUGGUUUAUCAAGAAGGUAAGAAUUCUUCCAAUACUGAAGAACUAGUUAAGAGAUAAACAAUAUGAACUUUUCACAGUGGCAUUAAAGGACUAUUUGAAGAGUGUUUGGCAGUCUAUCGGUUUAAUAUUUUCUUCUUCUAACAACAACUGAAUAACUAGCUUUGAAGAGAAUUAAAGCAUAUUCUGGAUCGUGGAAUUAAACGAAAUUUGUGGACUUCAUUUUACGACAUAUCUCGUUCAUUUUUGUGACCUUUCGCUGGCACUACUGGACUCAAAUUGAAAAAAAAGAGGAAAUUAUAAAGAAACUCUUGAGCAGUGUUGAAAAUCCAUCAUUUUCGAAAAAAAUAAUUCGUUCCUUUCUUUUAGAUGUAACACGAAUUUUUAAACCCCACUCUCCCGCCCUGGGAGAAAGUUCAAACUCUUCAUCGUCCAGCGGUGCCGGUAUUCCCGUCACGACACAACGUGAAUGUUGGCUGUACCAUGCCGAGGAGGAGAAAAGACGACAUCUACGACGACGAAAAUGACGACCUCACCAGCAAGUCGACGAAGUUCGGCCACAAGCCGGUGCAGCGAAACGCCGCGAACGCCCGGGAGAGGGCGCGGAUGCGAGUCCUGAGCAAGGCGUUCUGCAAGUUGAAGACGACGCUACCCUGGGUGCCGCCCGACACGAAACUCUCCAAGCUGGACACCCUAAGACUGGCGUCCAGCUACAUCGCGCACCUCAAACAGAUCCUCGACGUGGACGAGCUGGAGACGACGCGAGGAUACAUCCACCCACUUAACUUGACUUGGCCAUUCACAUUCAACGGACGCGUUAUGGCAGGGUCAGACGAUAAUUCAAAAGAUGUUAUUAAACUUCCGCCCAAACCGGAAAUGCAGGGAAUAGUGAAGUGCUGACGAAUGGAAAUACUCGAGUUCUAUCCCAAACCUGGUGUUAGGACUACGUUUUACUAAGUUAUUGAAUAUCCAUGAUGCAAUACUACCUUUUUUUAAUAUUUAUACACAAUCCGUCCCGAAAAUUAAGGUCAGAAACAAUUAUAUAUUUAUAUAUGUUCGUUAUUUAUUUCAGAAUUGUGCAUACAUUAUUUUUGUACCUCUCAAAAUAGAGAGUAUGGACUUAUUUGAUGCUGAUGAAGUUGUGAUGAUAUGGACAUUUUGCAUAUUUUUGAGAUAUGGUAUGAGUGUACUAGUUAUGCUGAAAGGAUAUUAAUACAAAUGUUGUAAUAUUUGUUUUCAAAACGAACGCUGUUGAUUCGUACAAUGCUUUCACAAUGACUCUGACUAGCCAAAACCCCAAUUUUGGUAAAUGUAACAUUUUCGUAAUUGUUUAUUUUAAAAUGUAUAUGACGUCACAGCCGUUGAAGUCCUACUUCCUGUCUUAAAAUAAUUUUAAAAGCUGACUCCAUGCCUCCGAAAAUAAAUGGAUACCAGAAUAAAACAUGAACUGAUCCGUAACAGUUAAAGUUUAAAGUUAAGGUUUAUUUUGUUUAACGACACAACUAGAGCACAUUGAUUUAUUAAUCGUCGGCUAUUAGAUGUCAAGAGAUGAUCAGUAACAGGGGUUUAGUGUUUGGGAUGAGGAUGCAAACCAUUUUUUCUCUCUUUUUGUUACCAGUUCUUUAUUUUGAUUUUUAAUAUAUAUGUAUUAGUUCAUUAUAGAAGCAAACCCCUUUAAAAAUUUCUGGCGCUGCCCAUGGUUACAUCAUCCCUUUAAGGGCAAGAAACUUUUAGAUUUCUCUCUUAUCGGUUACCGCACUGUAUUACUAACUGGAACCAAUCUAUUUGGCGGAAGGAUCAUUGGAAAUGGCCGACAGUUAUUGCAUUUGUUCUGCGUUAUUAUUCCAGGAAUCUGAUGUUUAUUCGCCGCAGAUUCACUAAUUGCACUUUUAAUAUUAGGAAGAGAAUUAUUUAUGUUGGUUUGUGGAAUCUGUGUAUUUGCAGUUCUUGAUAUCACAAGGGAAUAUACAUGAUGGUCUAAAUCAGUCCGAUGCUGAUACCAUGGUGUUACUUUAAGUGUAAAAUAUAUCAAAAUAAAUUCUUCCUGUAACCUGCCGUCGUGUUUCUAGUGUGAAUGUCUGUGAGUUUAGAUUAGCGAUGCCUGAUGUAAUUUUUAGUGUAUUCAAAAUUGUUUUAUGAACCUUCCACAGCUAUUUGCAUUUGCAUUUUUUUUACUGUUUACGGUAAUGUACGAAGACAAAAACGUUGAGUAAUUUGGUACUACUGCAUUACUCUUUAAAAUGCAAGCUACAUUCAAUGACACGAUAGUUUCGCAUUUUAUUUUGUAUUGAAAAUAUACAGUUAUUUAUAGGACAAAUAAUAGAAUAGAAUAGAAUAGAAUAGAUGUUUAACGACACCCAAGCACGAAAAACACAUCGGCUGUUGGGUGUUUCAAACUAUGGUAAAUGCUGAUAAAUAAAUUCAUCAGUUAAAUCCAGUAUCAGAUUCCACUUUGAGAGUCACGAGUUUUUAUUAUUUUUAUUUAAGAAUAUUUACUAAAUUGCUAAACUUGUUUGCCUUAGUAUAUAAGAAUGUGUGCAUGUCUAAUGUAUAAACACUAGGUUAUACUCACCUUUGACAAAUGAUUUUUAAUUUAUGGUGUACUUCACGAAGGUUGCUUUAGAGAACACGAAAAUGUUUUAUGUGUACUUACUUUCAUGUUUGCUUAUUUUAAUGUAUAAUACUGGAAGGUUUUGUGCACCUUUCACAAAUGUUUGCUAUUUUUGUGUAUGUGGGAAGGUUUUAUGUACCUUUGACAAAUAUAUGUAAUUUUAAUCAUCUGUCCAAAGCUCGACCGAAGUAAAAUACCUAAUUUC